GAAAACUAGUUAUAAUGCUAGGUCAGAGACCCGUUAAGCCUGUGGACCCCAGUGUUCACAGCUGUUCCUCUCCAGGAUGUACAGCGACCUUCAAAAAGGAGUGGAGACUUGUGGAGCACAUGUAUAAACAUGCUGGGCAGAAGCCUUGGAAAUGUAGCAAACCUCAAUGUGGUGCAGCCUUCUCAAAGAAAAGGUACCUGCAGAGACACCAGCAACAUCAUAUUGGAGAGAAAAUUCACAAAUGUACAUCUAUAGAAUGCAGAGCUGCGUUUUGGACCAAGCAGCAUCUGAAGCGACAUCUCUUGUAUAGACAUGGAAAGGAUGCGCCUCUGAAGUGUUCUGUGAAAGGCUGUUCUAAGAUAUUCCGUAAAAAACAUUCCUUGCGACUUCAUUUAUUGGAACACGCUGGGAAACCCCUGUUGGUCUGUGACCUCAAUGGAUGUGGGAAGAAACUGCAGUCUGCAUCUCAGGUUGCUGGUCAUCAAAGACGUCACAGUGGGUACAAAUGCCCCUACCAGGGCUGUCUGACUGUGUGUUCUACUUGGAGCUCCCUGCAGAAUCAUCGCCAGAAACACCCAUUGAAUCUCAAGUGUCCUACCUGCAGUAAGACCUUCAAGAAGAGAAGUACUCUGCGGAAACACAAAUCUGUGCAUGCAAAGGUACCUGUUCGCUUGUCCUGCCCCCGUGAGGACUGCAAGGAAACCUUUGGAACAGUGUUCAAUCUGAUGCAUCAUGUGCGCAAGAUUCACCUGUGUCUAAAGACUCACAGUUGUUACCAUGCUGGAUGCAACCGCACCUUCCCCAUGAGGGAAAGUCUUCUGAGACAUCUUGUUUGUCAUGAUCCAGACAGGAAGAAACUGAAGCUGAAGUUUCAGAUGCCUAAAAGGCGAACCCUGAGAGGUGCCAGCCGUGCUCUCCCCUCGGUGGAGCAGGAUCUGAGCCGCCUCUUCAACCAGAAGCUCCUGUUCAGGUUCAAAACUCUAAUGGAAAGCAAUCUGUCCAGCCUAUUCAACGAAAGACCACUCCGUGACCUAGCAGAUCCAGAAACCAAUCUGAGUGGCUUGUUCCAGCUUCCACCAAACCGUCUCAGAACAGAGAGAACCACCUAGACUAGCAUAGGGAGUGAGAUUUAGGGACUGGUACAAUAUCUGGAAAAUCUUAAGCUUGGCCCCAAAACUGAGGCAUGUUCUGUUUUACUUUGCGUUGACUUCAUACCUGUGUAGUAAGGGAUUACUAACUUUU